AGCAGCAUCAGUCAGAUCAGUCUGACACCAUGACAACCGCAGCGCGCGAACGCUGGAAUCUGUGCAGCUCCCUCCAAGCCGAAUAUUAUGAAGACAAGAUGCCGCCGUACGCGCACAAGACGCACUUCAUCUCUUGAAAUAUCCUUCGUUAAGCUCCUUUCGCACUUUUGGACGUCGGAGAUCUGCAAAACCACCUGUAUCUAACGGCCGUUACAGUGUUAGUCAGAUACCCCUGAACGGGCAAUUCGUAAAAAAAAUCAGUGCAGUAAGAACUACGCCGAUGCGUCGUCGCUUCACAUAUAUUAAAAUAAGGGGUCGGUUGUUGCGAGCAACGGAACCAUGAAAUGCGCAUUGGAGUAUUGGGUGCCCCUCAUGGCGUUUACGCGUGGAGAACCCACUGGGGCGUGUGUGUAAACGUGCGUGUAAGUGUAUGUGAGAGAGUGCGAAAGAAAACGAGGCUUUAUUUUGGUUUCCACGAGCUCUGCGCUUCAUUUCGCAGUGGAAAUAUGAGGAUCUCCAGAGGACGCGGCUGAUAAAUUGUAUUUCAGACCCUGUCACACACGAAGACGAUACCAGCACCACGGAUCCUCCUCCUCCUCAGAGAACCCCUGUUUGAUACGAGGGGCUAUUAAAUAUCCAAAUUGUAAAGCGCAUCAGCAUCCAUCAUGAAUCCCAUGUCACAUCUAUACUACAAAAAGACCAGCUACUCUCCAUACCGCGACCGGAUCCCGCUCCAGAUAGUCCGGGCGGAGGUAGAACUUUCUCCAGAGGAGCGUUCUUUCCUUUGCGCCGUGGAAAAGGGCGACUAUGCAGGUGUCCAGCAUGCCCUGCGUGAGGCCGAGGUGUAUUAUAACAUCGACGUGAACUGUGUGGAUCCGUUAGGCCGCAGUGGGCUGCUAAUCGCUAUAGAGAACGAGAACUUGGAGGUGAUGGAGCUUCUACUGGACCACGGGGUGAACACCGGAGAUGCGUUGCUCUAUGCCAUCCGCAAAGAAGUAGUGGGGGCUGUGGAGUUACUGCUGUCCCAUAGGAAACCCAGUGGAGAGAAACAGGUCCCAUCCCUAAUGAUGGACGCCCAGUUUUCAGAAUUCACACCCGACAUCACCCCCAUUAUGCUCGCCGCCCAUACAAACAACUACGAGAUCAUCAAACUUCUGGUUCAGCGCAAGGUCACCAUCCCUAGGCCGCACCAGAUCCGAUGCGACUGUGUGGAGUGCGUGUCCAGCUCCGAGGUGGACAGCUUGCGUCACUCUCGAUCUCGUCUCAACAUCUACAAAGCUCUGGCCAGCCCUUCUCUCAUCGCCUUGUCCAGCGAAGAUCCCAUCCUGACUGCCUUCAGGCUGGGCUGGGAACUCAAGGAACUCAGUAAGGUGGAGAACGAGUUUCGGCAGGAGUACGAGGAACUUUCUCAACAGUGUAAGCUCUUUGCUAAAGACCUGCUGGACCAGGCGCGUAGCUCUCGUGAGCUGGAGACCAUACUCAAUCACCGUGACGACCAGAGCGAGGAGUUGGACCCGCGAGAGUGCAGGGAUCUGGCCAAACUCAAACUGGCUAUUAAAUACCACCAGAAAGAGUUUGUGGCUCAGCCAAACUGUCAACAGCUCUUGGCCACACUGUGGUACGACGGUUUUCCAGGCUGGCGUCGCAGGCACUGGGCUGUGAAGUUGGUGAUGUGCUUCAUUAUCGGCCUCCUCUUUCCUGUCUUCUCCAUCAUUUACCUACUGGCUCCUAAGAGCACGUUAGGGCUCUUCAUUAAAAAACCCUUCAUCAAAUUUAUCUGCCACACGGCCUCCUACCUCACCUUCCUCUUCCUCCUCCUGCUGGCCUCGCAGCACAUAGCACGCACCAACCUACACAUGCAGGGCCCUCCGCCCACUGUGGUGGAGUGGAUGAUACUACCUUGGGUGCUGGGCUUCAUCUGGGCUGAGAUCAAGGAGAUGUGGGACGGAGGUUUUAAUGAAUACGUCCAUGAUUGGUGGAACCUAAUGGACUUUGCAAUGAAUUCGCUCUAUUUGGCCACGAUAUCCCUAAAGAUCGUCGCCUAUGUCAAGUAUAACAGUUCUCGUCCUCGAGAGGAAUGGGAGAUGUGGCAUCCGACGCUAAUUGCCGAAGCAUUGUUCGCUAUCGCUAACAUCUUCAGCUCGCUGCGGCUCAUCUCCCUCUUCACGGCCAACUCGCACCUGGGGCCGCUGCAGAUCUCACUGGGCCGCAUGUUGCUGGACAUCCUCAAGUUUCUCUUCAUCUACUGUCUGGUGCUGCUGGCUUUCGCUAACGGACUUAACCAGCUUUACUUUUACUACGAGACCAAGGCUUCAGAUGAGCCUAACCACUGCAAGGGGAUUCGCUGUGAGAAACAGAACAAUGCCUUCUCUACGUUAUUUGAGACACUGCAGUCCCUGUUUUGGUCGAUAUUCGGCCUCCUGAAUCUGUACGUGACCAACGUCAAGGCUCGGCAUGAGUUCACCGAGUUUGUUGGCGCCACUAUGUUCGGCACCUACAACGUCAUCUCGCUGGUGGUUCUGCUUAACAUGCUCAUCGCUAUGAUGAACAACUCCUACCAGCUCAUCGCUGACCACGCUGAUAUUGAGUGGAAGUUUGCUCGGACCAAGCUGUGGAUGAGUUACUUUGAUGAGGGUGGGACACUCCCUCCUCCCUUCAACGUCAUCCCCAGUCCCAAGUCAUGUUGGUACCUGUGUCGAUGGGUGCACAAGCGUCUCUGCGGGUCAGAGGCUGCUCUGCCCGAAGACCCCCACAAACCGGAGAACCUGAAGGAGUUCACGGAAAAGCAUGCCGACAGACUGAUCCAGAAUCAGCAUUAUCAGGAAGUCAUCCGUAGUCUGGUGAAGAGGUACGUGGCAUCCAUGAUUCGCAGCGCUAAGACGAAAGAAGGCCUGACGGAGGAGAAUUUUAAGGAGUUAAAACAGGACAUCUCCAGUUUCCGCUAUGAAGUUUUGGACCUUCUCGGCAACCGGAAGCCGCCACGUAGGAACUACUCCUCCAGCAGCGAGGCCACAUUAAGAGACGAGGCGAGCGAUGACGGCGAAGCGUCGAGCAACAACUUGCACCACAGCGACGCCGGCAGCAUAGGAGCCAAGGGCGUGUCUUUUAAGACUAUCACGCCUUCGGAUCCGGCCUACGGGGUCUCCGCCCUUUUUCGGUCUAUCUCCGGGGUAGAGGUUGCAGAAUCAUCAACGUACAGGGAGGUUAAACCAAAGAUCAACGGAUUAAGGAAGAACCCAUCGCCCUCCUCUUCCCUGUCCUCGGUGGCUCCAGCGAGACCUGCACUUUCACGGACUUGGAGGCGUUUUUCGCGCUUCUCCAGUUCCAAGAAGAACUCUUUCAGACGGCUCGGCCUGUUGUUCUCACGCAUGGGCAGUCACCUUCCCCAGCCUGCAGGUGUUACGGCGGCAACCUACACUAUCUCAGACGGAUUGCUUCACCCGCCCGGGGCUUGGCAGGACUUAGGCUUCACCAGAGGUGAUGGUCCCGUCACCCGCAGCGAGACCAACCUUAAUCGGGUGGAUGCGGCCACUUUAAACGAGGGCGACAGUGUUGCCACGGCAACAAAUGGACAGAGAGUUAACGGGAGGGAUGUUUUGCUGACAUUAGGACCCCUGUCCUCACCCACCUCCCUCCACUGUGCUUCCAGUUUUUCAGCUUCCAGUUCCCGACUCUUGGACUCGAGCGAGGACGUGUUCCAGGGUUUGGUCGGGCCUUGUGACGUACUAAGGCAAGACUCCUCCCACUGGGUAACGGAACAGGACGAUUCGGUGACCACGCAGCUAUAGUAUCGCUAGUAUGUACUGUACAGCACUUUGAUAAUAACAAUAAUCAGUGACGAUAUCAAUAACGAUUACCAACCGACCAGUUCUUCUGUUUUAUCGCAUUUAGUUUGCUGCUGCAAUAUUUGUAUUUUAACCAAAUCGAACGCUAUUUACAAGGCAGAAGGGAUGAGCAAAUGAAACGAUGGACGACAGAUAGAUUUAGAAGGAACCAAAACAUGUCACAACCAGCAGAACAGACGAAACAUUUCAUUGGAAAUGUUCUGUGAACCGCAGGCCAGGUACACAAAUAUUUGGACAAGAAUUUAGAGUCAAGAAAUGUAUUUAUCGUUUUCAUUACCUAUUAGUGCUGCUCUCUCUCUCUUUUCUCUUUCUCUCUCUCUCUCAUUUUGUCAUGCUGUGUUCAAACUCAAAGCCAGCAUGUUUUUUUUUCAGACAGAAUUUAAAAAAGAUGCAAAUAGAUGCUGGUGAUGUCAUACAGUGUCGAAAUGACAAUAAUUUAAAGUCAACAUGAAAUCAAAAUCGCCUGUUCUAGGUCUUAGUGCACACUCAUGAGCGCACGCUUUUCCAAAGAGGAAGAGUUGUUUGUCUGCAGAUUGCAAGUGUGCCGCACAAGCCCUGAAAAGUGAAGCCAAAACGUCUUGAUCACCCCCCUGUGACUGGUCCUAGUAUAGGUCAUAAACCCCGCCUCCCCCAUGUUAUUCAAUGGGACUUGAGAUCAACUAAACAAUUUAAUUACACUUCAAUUAUCUUUUUUCCAAAGCUGGUUUCUGUCAUUUACUGUAGUUUUUAUCACGCUCAUGUAAAUUCAAAGUUAGUUAUUUAAAGGUGCAGUGUGUACAUUUUAGUGGCAUCUAGUGGGAGGUUGCAAAUUGCAACCAAUGGCUCAGUUAACUGCUCACCUCCCGCUUUCAAAACGCUACGGUAGCCGCUACUAGACAAACAUGUCAUCUUCGGAGACAGCUUUGUAAAAAAAGUUUGUCCGUUAAGGGCUUCUGUAGAAACAUGGCGGCACAAAAUGGACUUCCAGGUAAGGAAGUAGAUAAAAAUGUCUCAUUCUAAGGUAAUAAAAACAUAACGGUUCAUUGUAAAAGGUCUUUAUACACCCCUGAUAAUAUAGUUUUCUAUAUUAUUUUGCAUUUCUGUCAAGAGAUCGUUCUAAAAAUUACACACUGCACCUUUAAUGCUAUGAAAACGGUGGUGUCACGUCAUGAUUGACAGCUGUGAUAUGCGCAUUUUGUGAGAGCGAGGGCGUGGCCUUAAUUUCGCGGCUUUACUUUCUGCUCAGCACUGUGCAGGACUGGUCCCGAAAUCGCUACUGCGCAGACUCAAGACCCAAGAUGUCAGCGCCGUAUUGGGACACUGGCGGCUUCACUUUUCACCAAUGAAAGAGAGAGAUCUUUUUUACAGUCUAUGGCAGAUUGUAAUAACUUGCUCCACCUCUAAAGUGACUUCUUCAUCUUGGUGAACGUUAAUCUAAAAUCUUCUCAAAUUGAAUGCUGGUUGACUUUAAGGUAAUAAAGGUUACAGCAAUAAUAGCAUAUAGUUAGCUCAAGUGAUAAAGCAGUGCAUUCCUAAGGCGAAGAUCUCUGGUUUGAACCAUAGACUGUAAAAAAUAGGGUUGUGAAGAGCUUUUUUGAAGCCAAUUUGUAGGCGGAGCCUGCCGUCGCCAUUUUGGCCGUGCAUCACUUACGGAUAACCGAAAAUGGGUAAAGAGGUGGGACGUGAGUGAAGCUGAGGUGGCUGGUUGCUGAAACCAUGCCCGCCUAGCUCGACUCUAGUGACAGCAGUGACAGUUCACCCAUCACUCCAGUGGCCACGCCCUUAAUUAUGCAGAACUUUAAGGCUUAAUAUAAUUUAAACGGAUGAGUUACAAAAAAUGUCACCCCUCUCACAGUUGUCGUGAGGGGAAAAUUAGCUAUAUAGACCAAAAACAGGCUGUAAACAUUAUUUUCUACACUGAAAAAAAUUAUUCAUUCAAUUUACAAUU